GUCUGCAUUGAUACUACUCUAGCCAUGACUAGUGAUUCUACUUCAAGUUAUACGCGAUAUUUGAUAUAAACUAGUUCACGUAACAAUUUAUUGACACCGAAUACCGGUAUAUCAUUACCUAGCAGUAAUUAUCUGUAUUGGCCCGGUUUCUAUAGAACUAGCACCCCCGUAGCGACCCUAGUAUUUUCACGACCAUAACUAGAACACGGAUAACACAAUGGAUUACGAUUUAAUAGGAAGGUUGCUCCUAUCGCUACCUGCGGGAGAUGCAGAAACUGCUAGGAUGGCAGCCUUAGCAGACAAGAUCUCCACGUAUUUCACACCAAACGAGAAUCUUGUAUAUCGUGGUGUCGCAGGAAUAGGACGCCACGGUGGCGCAAUUAUCUUCCUAGACAGAAGAAGGCACCCCUCUCGGAAAAUAGUCGUAAAGUACUCGAUUAGCGACCAAGCGGACGCGGACUUGAGAAAUGAGGCUCAAUUUCUCGAAAUGCUAAGAGGCGCCGAGCAUAUCGGGCAGACGAUUCCGCUUGCCGAGGCCACCCUUAAUGUAUCGGGGACUGGGAAACGUCCUACCCUCGCGCUCGAUUUUAUUCCGUAUGGCACUAUAUAUGCCUUUCGGUCGAGGAUGGACCGGACUCACUAUCGAGUACCCAGUCGGUUUCUUUGGCGUGCAUUUCUCUGCUUGGUACGCCAGGUGCUCGCCAUGGCUUUCCCCCCGCAAGGCGGACCCGAUGAACCGCUAAGGCGGGAACGAUUUCACCAACAUAGGCCAUUAGGAGUGGUACAGAAUUCACCUCAUGGUAAUAAUGUCAUUAUUGGCGAUUUAACUAGUGAUGACUUCGAACAUUCGCUUGCUCCAAUACUUAAGCUCAUUGACUUUGGGCGGGGAGAGAUAUUGCGGGAUGAAGAAGGCGCGAUUUACGACAAUAUAGGAAAUAUCGGAGUUCUAUUUAUUAUUAUUUUCGAACGUAGGCUUGAUGAGUCUUACUUAGACAAUAUACCAGAACUAGGCUGGCAAUAUGAAUUCGUAGAUAGGCAAACCGGUGAAAAUCGGCGGAUAGGGACAGCGGCCCCCCCUUUCUUUACGGAGUCGAAGUAUAUAGAUGUUGAAUUACGAGACCUCGUAGUAAGAUGCAUGGCGGUCAGUAGUGACAACACUCCGUCUCUAGAGGAACUCGUAGGAGAAGCCGAGAGGGGAGUGGCAAAAGGACCUGAGGAUAUAGUAUAUGAGGAUACCGCAGUAGAUCCCAGACAGACCGAGACGGACGAAAUGAUCAGAAAUUUGGUACAACGAUUCAUAUUAGAUGCUGGCACUAUAGAAGAGGAAGCAGCCACUCUCAAUCGACGUACAGUUAACCAUCAUCUAGGAACAACUCUACUAGGUAUCAAUGCGACUACAAGACCAGGACCAGCCCAACGACACCAAUUCAAACAAAGUAAUCUAGAUGCCAAUACGGUGGUCGAUAAUGACAUCGAUUAGAAUCAAUGGUUACUUUUGAGAGUAUUAAUUACGGUGAAGGCUUAGUAGGAAAUAGGUGGCUGGCCCAUCGCAAAGCGUACUUCUUGGGUAUACUUCGUGGACUUUAUGAGGAUCUAGAGGAGUCCAGGGUGUUGAAUUUAGGAAGGCAAUGUCUCUAUUCAUUACCUGCACAAUUCUAUACCGUUUUUAUGAGAUACCAAUAUCUAAGUGUAUAUAAUAGUAUGUAGUAUAUCGAGAGCCCACCUUGUGUAAAGCU